GCCCUUGCUUCGAAGGGUGCGCAGUGCGUGAUCACCGUGCGGAACGUAGAGAAGGGCAACGCGGUGAAGGCGGACUUGGAAGCGAAGCUGAAGGAGGAGGGCGUCUCUGCCAAAGACAUCGCCGUCAUGAAGAUGGACAACUGUGACUUCGAGAGUGUCCGCACCUUCGCAGAGGACUUCAAGAAGCAGUAUGACCGACUGGACAUCGUGUGCAACAACGCCGGCGUCAUGGGCCUGGACGUUCAGAUGACCAAGGAUGGCUACGACAUCCAGAUCCAGACGAACCACCUCAGCCACUUCCUGAUGACGGCCCGGCUAUGGCCACUCCUGAAGUCCACGGCAGAGAAGUACGGCGACGUGACGCUGACCCAGGUCUCGUCCGGUGCCUCAGAGAAGGGCAAGCCCACAGUGGACGCCAGCAACUUGAACAACCCACACCCGUCCCACGGGAUCCUGCUGUACCUGGCACCAUACGUGCUGGGUGGUAGCACUGGCCACUGGGCUCGCUACGGCCAGAGCAAGCUGGCCAACGUGCUCUUCGCCAACGAGCUGCAGAAGCGGCUCGCGGCCGCCGGCCUCGGCGAGAAGAUGAAGUCCACAUCCUGCCACCCGGGCCUUGCCGCCACCAAUCUGCAGAUCACCACGCAGAAGGGUGGAGGCAUGAAGGACGGGGCCGGCUACCAGAAGAGCGGCCAGUCCUGCGCUGAUGGAUCCUUGCCUCUGGUCAUGGCAGUUGCACACCCCACGCUCUGCGAAGGUGGAGCCUACUACGGACCUUCGGAAGGGCGCACCGGCGCGCCCGUCAAGACCAAAAACGAAAACCCCAUGGCCUACAACGAGGCUGUCAUGAAGGCGCUCUGGGAGGCCUCCGAGAAGGCUGUUGGUGAGGAGUUCAAGCUUUGA